GCCCCCUCUCACCGAUGUAGCUGCGCCCUCCCCUAGUCACGGGAUGGUUCGACGCGGCGACGGCAGCCGCGGCGUCAACCGUGACCGGAAGUGAAGCAGCGGCCGAGAAGCCGUGGGUGGCGCCUGAGGGGAACUCCGGGGCGGGCGGUUAAUCGCCGGCUGGUCUUUCAGGAGAGGCUCCAGGCAGCGACGUUGGCUUUUUUCCACGGCUUGCCUUUCCCUCUCUGGCGCUUCGGGGGUUUCCACAACAACCUUGAGAGAGUUUGGCUGUUCGCACAUCGCCACUGCUCCUUUUACACGAAGGACUCCCAUCUUCGUCUGAGCAACACCAGCUUGAUUCUGCCCGUGUAAACCUACAUUAUAAAUCGAAGCGGUCCAAGCGUGAGGCUGCAAAGAUGUCGAAUUUCCCCAAAAGUUGCAAUCCUUUUGAUGAAGACGAGGAUGACUUCAAGCCAGUCAAGUGGGACGAAGGGGAGGAGCCUCCGAGAGAAGGUCCAGACAGACAAAGAUAUUUACAACAGGAAGUCAUGAGGCUCACGAAAUCGUCUCUGGAUAGCACCAACAAGUCACUGUCUCUCAUUUAUGAGUCUGAACAUGUGGGAGUCGCCACAUCAGAGGAACUCGUCCGGCAAGGGGAAGCCCUGAAGCGUUCUGAACGCAUGGUGGACAAGAUGGAUCAAGAUUUAAAGACGAGUCAGAAACAUAUCAAUAGCAUUAAGAGUGUCUUUGGGGGCUUCAUCAAUUACUUUAAGGCCAAGCCGCAAGAAAUCAAACUCGAGCAGAAUGGAGCCUCUGAAUAUCAAGGAAGCAAUAGAUUAAAAGAAGCGUUAUCCGUCAGUAAAGAACAAGAGUCCAAGUACCAGGAGACUCAUCCAAAUUUACGGAAGUUGGAAAACUCAGACUUCAGUUCCAGUGCGACCAGUUCAAACAAUCCAGCCCCGUCUGAUUGUUACCCCAAGAACCAGCACCUCCGUGCUUGCCACCAGAAAAUUGAUAACAACUUAGAUGACAUGUCCUCCGGGCUGGGCCGACUGAAAAACCUUGCUCUGGGCUUGCAAACUGAAAUUGAUGAACAGGAUGAGGUCCUUUAUCGUCUCACUGGGAAAGUGGAUGCCUUGGAUAUCAACAUCAAACGCACAGACAAACGAAUCAAGGAUGAGCUUUAAAGAAACCUAUUUGUCUCUCACCUCUUGUUUAUAAACUCAAUAUAUUUUAUACAGCUGGAAGGGGGGGGGGGCUUUUCUUGCCCCGCUGCAUUGGGGAAGCGCUAGAGCAAAGAGGUUGCUAGUCCCUCUUGCCGUGUGAUUAAAAUUGUGAAAUAGCCUUGAAAGUGCAAUCUGAGAAAUUUAAGCUACUUUCUUUCAUGUAUAAUUCAUAAAAGCACUCUGAAGCGUUGUCUUCUGGGACUUCUGAUUUUGGAGAAAACAUCUCAAUUCUUGGACGAUUAUUGGAGAAGACAAUUUACACCCUGCCUUUUCAGUAUUUCUUUCGCCUUAAUUGUAGCAGGUACAUUUAAUUAAUUGCUGCCUCCUUCCCUUACUGCUCCUGUGUACAUUUUCAUAAAAGGCUAGCUCCAUAUAGUUGAAGGACUGCAUAAGAGGAAAGUUUGCCUUAACAUUUCAAAUCCUGGGUUGUGACAAGAUGCUUCUGGUGCACACAACAGAAAACCUCACCCCGACCCCAAACUUAAGCUACACCAAUAAAGCAGUCAUCAUCAAGUCAAUUGUUUAUUCCAGUCAAAAGACCAGAGCAAGUUAAAAACACUUAAGGAAUAUCCAGUUAAAAAUUUCUAGAACGAAAUAAUCUCUCUUAAAAAUCUAGUCUUCCAUUUUCUGGUAUGUGUGUGCGUGGUAAUAACCAGAAAACUUGCUGGCCGUUCCGCAUGCUCGUGCCACAAACCAAAACUUCGUUUACCAGCUUGCAUAUGCCGCCUGGGCAGCUCCUCUUCCUGGUCGCGGCCCAGGCGAGCGCCUAUGUUUGUGUGUUUGUGUGAAGUGCUCCCUUUAUGGCACCGAGUGCCAUAAAGGUUCACCAUCACUGGCCUAGACUCAGAAAAAAAAGAUUUAGAUGAAGACAUUUAUCCAAGACUUACAAGCUUCCAGGAAUCAGGACGGUACUUUGAGUUGGAAUGCUUCAAUGCAAAAUACUGCCUUUGUGGUUUUCUCUAAGAACACUUUUCUGGUAUGUAGCUGUUGAGCCUUAGAUGACUUAAUAUCUUGUACGAGGCUGUUGCUGCUCCAUCUCUUAUUUUAAAAAUAAUAUGGGGGGAAAAAACUACAUGGGGGAGGCACUCUAAAUUUCCACUCAACUGGUUCCAAUGGGCACCUUUCAACAAGGUUAAAUUUCACCUGUGAGAUCCGCCUUGUCCCCAGGUGAGCUCGGGAUUAUUUGAUUUGUAGUGUAAGUUAUCACAUGGCUUUCUUCCCUGAUGAAUGAAAGGUCCAUUCCUGAAAAUAGCCUUUAUCUUUCUGGUUGACAUUUUAUUCCUGCAAUGUCACUUCUCAUGUGUGUGUGUGUGUGUGUGUGUGUGUGUGUAUGUGUAAGUUCUACAUCAUCGGUGUAUACUUGAUAAAAAAAAUACCAAUUUUCUUGUAAGUGUGUCUUCGGUAAAUCAUUACAGCGAGGAAUUUUGGAAACUGCAUUUAUUAAAACAAUUGUUUCUCUCC